AUGGCUACUAACGUCGAUGAUAUGCCUCUAGAAGACCUGACCAGUCCUAGGUCUCCUGGUGAUAUGGAAAAUGAACAGGAGUAUAAUCCUCAAGAAGAAGAGGUAAAGGGCAAGCAACCUGUAGGAAAUGGGAAAUCCAUGAGUAAGGCGGCACAGCAGACAGGAAUUGACAACAAAAAUAUUGUUAAUUGCAAAGUGUUCUUACCUGAUGGUGAGACUGUGACAGUGGAUCUUGACCCUGAUGACUAUGAAGAGCUUAUUAUUGAAGUCCAUAAAGCUAAGGUGGGAUAUACGCCCACACAAGCUGAGUCCGAAUUCCUGCAAAUCGGUAAAAAACUGCCUCGAUAUGGAAUGCAUCUAUUUGCUGUUAAGGACCAGACAGGUGGGGUCUUGCUAGUAGGCAUAUCGUAUCGUGGUAUCUCUAUAUUUAAUGAUCAUAUUGAAGUUGCCAAAUAUCCUUGGCCUAAUAUUAAUAAGAUUGCUUACAAGAGAAACAAGUUUAUCAUCAGAUAUCGUCCUAGUGAUAGUAUGGCUGAUGCUCAAAGUACUGACAGUGGUGCAAUGGGGAGUAAGACAUCUGGUGAUAUCAGGAUAGUCAAAUUUUAUACAGGGAAUCCACCACAGUCAAAGAGAAUCUGGAAAUGUGCUGUGGAACAACAUACCUUCUUUAGAUUACAAGUGCCAGACCGUCCAUCUCGUAUUCAACAGGUCUUUAGACGUGGUACCAAGUUUCGUUAUAGCGGGCGGACUUUCAGGCAACUCCAGGAAGCUGAGGAUGAGAGACAAGAACCAGCCCUUGUUCGCACUCAGAGCUUAAGACUUCAAUCUUCUUCCAAGAAAUUUGAUUAUGUACCUGCUAGAAACUCCUUCCGAGCUACAAAACCAACCAUUGUCCGAGAAUUUGAGCCUCGUAAACAGGAUAAUGGUAGCAUUGGUUGGCAUAUGCUUGAUGCUCCUCCCGAUAUUGAGCCUCAAGAUAAGAAUAUGAACAACUUUGAAGAACAAUCUGUUCAAGUCAAGUUUCGUCUCAAAGAUGCUUUACCAGAAACAUCGCACAAAUUUGUGAUACUUAAACGUGAUAAUAAAUACGAGAUUGAACGUGUUGGAGCUAAAGAAGACGACCAGGCCAAUGCUGAUCCUGCAUUUCAUUUGCAUCAUAUAAAUCCGAAAUCAACUAAUGCUACUACACAUGUUAGCGUUCAACUUGAUCAGAAACCAAUCUUUGUGGGUAAAAAGAGAACUCAUUCCGUUCCAAUCUAUGACAGUACUCAAAUACCUGAUGAGGGGGGCCCCCUUCAAUUCCAUGCUCCCACUGACGAACAAGAUCAAGCGAAACAAGUGCAUCAGUUUCUUCGUCGUGAAGAAGCUUUGAUGAAGAAUGCUUUACAACAAGAUGACAAGGAGGCUAGUGGAGCCCUUGAAGAGGUAUGGAGAAAAUAUAUUCCAUCGUAA